GUGGCGGGCCGGGGCGCUCCCGAGGCGGUGGAGGCGGCAGGUUGCGGCGGCGCUCCGCGCCCGGCGGCAGCCAGUUCGCGUCCGGCUUCCGGAGCCCGGCGGGCGCCCAGAACAGGGAUGCUCUCAGGACUGGCAGCCAUGGAGCUGAAGGUAUGGGUUGAUGGCAUCCAGCGCGUGGUGUGUGGGGUGUCAGAGCAAACCACCUGUCAGGAAGUGGUCAUCGCACUAGCCCAAGCGAUAGGCCAAACAGGCCGCUUUGUGCUUGUACAGCGUCUCAAAGAGAAGGAACGGCAGCUGCUACCCCAGGAGUGUCCAGUGGGUGCCCAGGCUACCUGUGGACAGUUUGCCAGCGAUGUUCAGUUUGUCCUGAGGCGGACAGGACCCAGCCUGGCUGGGAGGCCCUCCUCGGACAGCUGCCCACCCCCUGAGCGCUGCCCCAUCCGAGCCAGCCUUCCCCCAAAGCCUCGACCAGCAUUGGACCGUGAGCCCCGCAAAGCCCUGACCUUCAGCCUGGGGUGUCCUGGGCCAGCCCCCAGCCCUGUGCCACUUGAGCCUGUGGCUUCAGUGGCACCAAUGCCAGGCUGCUGCACAGACCUGCAGGGCUGGGAGCGAAGGGUGCGGAGGAACGCAGCAGAGCUGGGCCAGGAAGCCUUCUGGGAGCAGGAGCUGCGGCGGGAGCAGGCACGGGAGCGUGAGGGGCAGGCACGCCUGCAGGCGCUGAGCGCAGCCACAGCAGAGCACGCCGCCCGGCUGCAGGCCUUGGAUGCCCAGGCCCGCGCCCUGGAAGCUGAGAUACAGCUGGCCACAGAAGCCCCUGGGCCCACCUCACCCACAGCCUCUGCCACAGAACGCCUGCGCCAGGACCUAGCUGCCCAGGAGCGGCAGAGUGUGGAGGUGCAGGGCAGCCUCUCCCUGGUGGGCAGGGCCCUGGAGGCUGCUGAGCACGCCCUGAAGGCCCAGGCCCAGGAGCUGGAGGAGCUGAACCGGGAGCUGCGCCAGUGUAACCUGCAGCAGUUCAUCCAGCAGACCGGGGCUGCGCUGCCACCACCCCCACGGCCGGACAGGGCCCCCCCCAGCGCGCAGGACCUUCUGCCUCCGGCCAGAGAAGAGCCCCUCCCGGGAGCCCCCCAGAGCCCCGCCCUGGUGUCCAGCCUGAGCCCAGAGAGUACGUGUAUCUCCCCGCUCUGCGUGUGGGAUGAGACCCUUGGGGGAGGUUCCCUCACUCUCUCAGCCCCUGUCCUUCCCACAGUUGCCCCCAUGAGGCAGAACUCCUGGAGGUAGCAGCUCUUGCCCGAGAGUGGACAUCCGCUGCCAGCCCAGCCCUGGGCUUUGACGACACGAGCAAGGCCAGCGCAGGCCGGUCCAGCCUGGAUGACAGGAGAGCCCGUGGUCACGGAGGGCUCUGCCCCCCCGUGUGGGGGGAAGCCCUGGUACCCUGGGCCCAAGACAGGACACCUUGGGGCCCUAGGGUUUCUGCUGCAGGGGGCAGGGGAGGCUGAGGCUGGUCACCCUAGUCUUUGUCAAGUUGCCGAGACCCCUGGAGAAGCUUGGGGCAUGCCAGCUCAGGACCCACUAGGCCCUGAAGGCCACAGCUCCUUGCUGGGGCUGGGAGGUGCACGGGUCCUGCGUUGAGCCUGUGCGUUUGCGGGUCCAGGUGUAUGCUGCCUCCCUCCCCAAGGCCAAAACCUCAAUAAACUGCCUGCUUGGCA